UUUGGCCUACAUUUGAAGUUGUGGACCUGUACAAUAACCUUGGCGAUUUGUAAUUGCGGGCUAUGGUUCAGAGAUAUAAGAUGGCUCCUUCUGCCGGAUGGUUGGAGCGGGCUUCACUACGAUAGACAGACAAACUUCGACAUCAACAAUCCAAUUCCCUUCCAGCGACCCAUCACCAAGAUCAACCGUGCAGCACAAUGUCGGGCAUCAACUUCGGUUUUAACACGGAAGGCCUCGAGGUGGUACGCCAUCUCCGAGACCAAGUGUCCGGACGUACAUUCCUUAUCACCGGCCCGAGUGAGGGAGGCCUCGGCGCGGAGACAGCCAUCUCGCUUGCCCAUGCCAAGCCAGCACUGCUCAUCCUCGUCGGACGCUCCCUCAGCAAGAUCCAGCCCACCAUUGACGCCAUCCACGCCGUCAACCCAUCCAUCGCCGUCAAGUUCAUCGCUGCCGACCUUACCUCGCUGAACAGCGUACGUGAAGCAGCCCGCAAAAUCCUCGACGACGCAUCCAUCACCCACAUUGAUGUCCUCAUCAACAACGCUGCCGUCAUGGCUUGCCCUUACGAACUCACCGUUGACGGUUUCGAGAUGCAAUUUGCCACGGCCCACCUCGGCCACUUUGUGCUGACGAAGCACAUCUUACCCAAGCUCAGAGCAUCAGCCGGUGCGGGCAAGCCCCAGACCCGCAUCAUCAACGUCUCCUCCCUGGGAAACACCCUCGGCGGCAUCCGCUGGGACGACCCCAGCUACACCAAGCGUCCGGAGGAGUACAAACCCUGGGACGCCUACGGGCAGGCUAAGACGGCCAACGUGCUCUUCACUGUCGCGCUCAACAAACGGCUACUCGCCAAGACGGGUAUCAGGUCGUAUGCCCUGCACCCUGGCGGCAUCUAUACCCCCUUGCUCCGGUACAUGAACGAUGAGUUGAUGGAGGAGAUUACGCAGAGGGUGAUGAAGGGAGAGAUGCAGUUGAAGACGGUACAGCAGGGUUGUGCGACUACGCUGAGGGCGGCGCUGGAUCCGGAGCUGGAGAAGGAGGGGGAGGACGGCGUGUUUUUGAGUGAUUGUCAGUUUACCAAGGACCCGGAGCUUGUGGCGCCCCGGGCGCUUGAUGAGGAGGAUGCGGAACGGCUUUGGGGGUUGAGUGAGGAGUUGGUUGGGGAGAAGUUUGAGCUUUGAGCUGGGGAGGUAAUGGGA